AUGGAAGAAGUCAAUUCAAACUCAUUCGCAAAUGCUACCGCAUUCGGGGGAGCCGAUGCGUUAAUGUCGGGGACUCAGGGCACUGGUGAGAAGCGGGCUACUGGCCAAACAAAGAAAGAAAAACGAAUCAAACAUAUUGACGAGCCCCAACGGAUUUCCACGGGAGAGGCCAGGGGCAUCGCCACAGAUCGCCGAAGAUGGAAGCAAAUCGUGAAUGACUCGAGUCAACCAGCGGCACCGACAGCAGCGUAA